AUGCUACGACAGUUUUAUCUCUGGAAAUGGUUAGCUUCAGGGAUUAUCCUCGCAGCCCUCUUCACAAUCUGCUUCAGCCAGUAUGAUGAUGAUUGGCAAUAUGAGGAUUGCAAACUAGCUAGGGGAGGACCACCAGCCACCAUAGUUGCUAUCGAUGAAGAGAGUCGGAACGGUACGAUUCUGGUGGAUAACAUGCUGAUCAAAGGGACUGCUGGAGGACCAGACCCCACCAUCGAACUUUCCUUAAAGGACAACGUGGAUUACUGGGUGUUGCUGGACCCUGUUCAGCAAAUGCUCUUCCUGAACAGCACGGGCAGAGUUCUGGAUAGAGACCCCCCGAUGAACAUACACUCCAUCGUGGUGCAAGUCCAGUGCAUCAACAAGAAGGUGGGCACUGUGAUCUACCAUGAAGUUCGAAUCGUGGUGAGGGACAGGAAUGACAACUCGCCCACGUUCAAACACGAGAACUACUAUGCCACCGUGAAUGAGCUCACUCCAGUUGGCACCACGCUAUUUACAGGAUUUUCAGGAGACAAUGGAGCUACAGACAUAGAUGAUGGACCAAAUGGACAGAUAGAAUACGUUAUCCAAUAUAAUCCUAAUGAUCCGACAUCUAAUGACACCUUCGAAAUUCCCCUCAUGUUAACUGGAAAUGUGGUUUUAAGGAAGAGGCUCAACUAUGAAGAUAAGACUCGGUACUUUGUCAUCAUCCAAGCUAAUGACCGUGCACAAAAUCUGAAUGAGCGGCGAACCACCACCACCACCCUCACAGUGGACGUUCUGGACGGAGAUGACUUGGGUCCUGUGUUUCUUCCUUGUGUCCUGGUGCCAAACACACCUGAUUGUCGCCCGCUCACCUACCAAGCCGCCAUCCCUGAAUUGAGAACUCCGGAAGAACUGAACCCCAUCAUCGUUACCCCGCCCAUCCAAGCUGUUGACCAGGACCGGAAUAUUCAGCCGCCAUCAGAUAGGCCAGGCAUCCUCUACUCCAUCCUUGUUGGGACUCCUGAGGAUUACCCACGAUUUUUCCAUAUGCAUCCUAGGACUGCAGAACUUAGUCUCUUGGAGCCAGUAAACAGAGACUUUCACCAGAAAUUUGAUUUGGUUAUUAAGGCUGAACAGGACAAUGGCCAUCCUCUUCCUGCCUUCGCCAGUCUCCAUAUUGAAAUCCUGGAUGAAAACAAUCAGAGUCCAUAUUUCACGAUGCCCAGUUACCAGGGCUAUAUCCUGGAAUCCGCCCCAGUGGGAGCAACCAUCUCCGACAGUCUGAAUUUGACCUCCCCUCUGAGGAUUGUGGCUCUGGACAAGGAUAUAGAAGAUAUGAAAGACCCAGAGCUUCACCUUUUCCUGAAUGAUUACACCUCAGUCUUCACUGUUACACAAACUGGCAUUACUCGCUACCUCACCUUACUUCAGCCAGUGGACAGGGAAGAACAGCAGACUUACACUUUUUCGAUAACGGCAUUCGAUGGUGUGCAAGAGAGUGAGCCAGUUAUUGUCAAUAUUCGGGUGAUGGAUGCAAAUGAUAACACUCCAACCUUCCCUGAAAUAUCCUACAAUGUCUAUCUGUAUACAGACAUGAGCCCCGGCGACAGUGUCAUUCAGCUCACAGCCAUGGACGCAGACGAAGGGUCCAACGGGGAGAUCACGUACGAAAUCCUGGUGGGGGCUCAGGGCGACUUCAUCAUCAACCACACCACGGGGCUCAUCACCAUCGCCCCAAGGGUGGCACUGACGGUGGGGCGCACCUACGCGCUCACGGUCCAGGCCGCGGAUAAUGCGCCUUCCGCGGAGAGAAGGCACUCCAUCUGCACGGUGUACAUUGAAGUGCUUCCUCCAAAUAAUCAAAGCCCUCCCCGCUUCCCACAGUUGAUGUACAGCCUCGAAAUCAGUGAAGCCAUGAGGAUUGGUGCUGUUUUAUUAAAUCUACAGGCAACUGAUAGAGAGGGAGACCCAAUAUCAUACACCAUUGAGAACGGAGAUCCUCAACGAGUUUUUAAUCUUUCGGAAACUACUGGGAUUCUAACCUUAGGGAAAGCCCUGGACAGGGAGAGCACCGAUCGCUACAUUCUGAUCGUCACUGCUUCGGACGGCAGGCCCGAUGGGACCUCUACUGCUACCGUAAAUGUGGUGGUGACAGAUGUCAAUGACAAUGCACCAGUGUUCGACCCCUUUCUGCCUAGAAACCUGUCUGUGGUGGAGGAAGAAACCAAUGCCUUUGUGGGUCAAGUACGGGCAACAGACCCUGAUGCUGGAAUAAAUGGCCAAGUGCAUUAUAGUUUGGGCAACUUCAAUAAUCUCUUCCGCAUCACAUCCAAUGGGAGCAUUUACACAGCUGUGAAGCUUAACAGAGAGGUCAGGGACUACUACGAGCUUGUUGUUGUGGCCAUGGAUGGAGCAGUGCAUCCCCGUCACUCAGUGCUCACACUGGCCAUCAAAGUUUUGGAUAUCGACGAUAACAGUCCUGUGUUCACCAAUUCAACGUAUACUGUGGUCGUGGAGGAGAACCUGCCGGCUGGGACCACUUUCCUCCAGAUAGAGGCCAAAGAUGUUGACCUUGGAGCAAAUGUGUCUUAUCGGAUCCGAAGCCCAGAAGUAAAGCACUUUUUUGCACUACAUCCAUUUACAGGAGAACUUUCCCUUUUAAGGAGCUUGGACUAUGAGUCAUUUCCAGAGCAGGAAGCAAGCAUCACAUUUCUCGUGGAGGCCUUCGAUAUUUAUGGAACGAUGCCACCAGGCAUUGCCACUGUCACAGUGAUAGUAAAGGAUAUGAAUGAUUAUCCGCCCGUAUUUAGUAAACGGAUCUACAAGGGGAUGGUGGCUCCGGAUGCCGUGAAGGGCACACCCAUCACAACCGUUUAUGCUGAAGAUGCAGACCCCCCUGGGUUACCUGCAAGUCAUGUGAGGUACAGAGUAGAUGAUGUCCAGUUUCCUUAUCCUGCCAGUAUUUUUGACGUAGAAGAAGAUUCUGGAAGAGUAAUAACUCGAGUCAAUCUUAACGAAGAGCCUACAACAAUUUUUAAGCUGGUGGUUGUUGCUUUUGAUGAUGGUGAGCCUGUGAUGUCCAGCAGCGCCACAGUGAAAAUUCUUGUCUUACAUCCUGGAGAAAUCCCACGCUUCACGCAAGAGGAAUAUAGACCUCCUCCAGUGAGUGAACUUGCCACCAGAGGGACUAUGGUUGGAGUGAUUUCGGCAGCGGCCAUCAACCAGAGUAUUGUGUACUCCAUAGUUUCAGGAAACGAAGAAGAUAUGUUUGGAAUUAACAACAUCACAGGUGUUAUCUAUGUGAAUGCCCCCCUGGAUUAUGAGACCAGGACAAGCUACAUACUUCGCGUCCAGGCCGAUUCCCUGGAAGUGGUCCUCGCCAAUCUCCGAGUCCCUUCGAAAAGCAAUACGGCUAAAGUGUAUAUUGAGAUUCAGGAUGAAAAUGAUCAUCCCCCAGUGUUUCAGAAAAAAUUCUACAUUGGAGGUGUAUCUGAAGAUGCAAGGAUGUUUACUUCUGUACUCAGAGUUAAGGCUACUGACAAAGAUACUGGCAAUUACAGUGCCAUGGCUUACCGACUCAUCAUUCCACCCAUUAAAGAGGGAAAAGAAGGAUUUGUGGUGGAAGCGUAUACGGGGCUCAUCAAAACUGCUAUGCUCUUCCACAACAUGAGAAGGUCCUACUUCAAAUUCCAAGUCAUUGCAACUGACAACUAUGGGCAGGGACUGAGUGGCAAAGCGGAUGUUCUGGUUUCCGUGGUCAAUCAGCUGGACAUGCAGGUCAUUGUUUCCAACGUGCCCCCGACUCUGGUGGAAAAGAAGAUAGAAGAUCUCACAGAGAUUUUGGAUCGCUAUGUUCAGGAGCAAAUUCCCGGUGCCAAGGUGGUGGUAGAGUCCAUUGGUGCUCGCAGGCAUGGGGACGCCUUUUCUCUAGAAGAUUAUACGAAAUGUGACCUGACUGUCUACGCAGUCGACCCCCAGACCAACCGAGCCAUAGACAGAAAUGAGCUUUUUAAAUUUCUGGAUGGCAAACUGCUUGAUAUCAAUAAAGACUUCCAGCCGCAUUACGGGGAAGGAGGACGCAUUUUGGAGAUCCGCACUCCAGAGGCAGUGACCAGCAUUAAAAAGCGAGGAGAAAGUCUGGGCUACACGGAAGGGGCCUUGCUGGCACUCGCCUUCAUCAUCAUCCUCUGCUGUAUUCCUGCCAUUUUGGUGGUUCUGGUCAGCUACAGACAGUUUAAAGUCCGCCAAGCUGAGUGCACCAAGACAGCGCGAAUCCAGUCGGCCUUACCUGCGGCCAAGCCCGCGGCGCCCGCACCAGCACCCGUGGCCGUGCCCCCGCCGCCCCCGCCUCCCCCCGGGGCGCACCUGUACGAGGAGCUGGGGGACAGCACCAUGCAUAAUCUUUUCCUUCUCUACCAUUUCCAACAAAGCAGGGGAAAUAAGGCAGUCUUGGAAGACAGGAAAAGUCCCCACACUGUGAUGCCCUUUUCUUCUUCCAGCACUAUUGAGACUCACAAGCAGGCUCAUGUAGAUGGAUCCCUUAAGAACAACCAGCCCAAGUCGGCAAGAAAAUACACCCUGACAUCUGAUGAGGACACCUUAAGUAUCCACAGUACUCUUUAUAAGGAAACUCUAGAUCCAAGACCAACAAAUUCAGACUUUUUACUAAGAACAGAUUUUAUAGACUCAUUUUUACCCAGAACACAAGCCCGGAGUAAGUCCCUGAGGGGCCCAAGAGAAAUGUUUCAGAGGAUGUGGAAUCAGCCGGUCCGCUUCCCUCAGAGACCAGUGUGGGAACUUCCCAGGGGACCAGAAACCAUAGAGCUGGAGCAAUGGCAAAGCCACAGGCAGGAAGGUGCAGGGGAAACCACAGAGACCCUUCCAAACAAAAGAGGUAGCAGUAAUCCCCUGCCUCCAGUUGGAGAUUCGAAUGUUGCCAAGAGAGGAGAAACAAGGCACGGUGAACCACUGCUCAUACGUGGAGCAGAGCCCUUGGAAUCUCUGUCUUCAGACUCCUCAUGUUGCUCUCCUUCGCCUCAGUCCUCCUCCUCCACUUUGCUGACUGUUUCAAGAACUGUGGAACUCCAGUCCGAACCUGGUAUCAUCCUUUCUCCUGCUGACUGUUCCUUGGAACUUUCUCCUUCAGUACCCUGCAUUUUAAACUCCCCCGUCUUUAGGAGAGAGACACCCACAUGUAUGUUGACAGUUGAAACCAGAAGGAACAUUUUUGAAAUUCUUCCCAAACCACCAAAUAUCUCCCCUCUUCCUCCCCCUCCUCCACUUUUUCCACUUUCCACCCCCCCUUCUUCUCCCUCUUCUUCUCCUUCACCUCCUCUACCUUCACUCACCUCCCUCCCUCCCCCAUCCCCCCCUCUUCCCUCUCCUCUGUCUCCUCCAACUUGGGCUCCGUCCAUUAAGUGUGUCUGUGUACCCGUUGUUAAGCACACUGUCAAUGUGACACCUGCCGAGGAAAUCGAGCCCUCUGUCCCACAGCCACCAGCACCCGCAACAGUGUGUCGUGCAGAUCCCCAGAGAGAACCAAAGGGCAUCCUCAAGCAUAUUAAAAACUUAGCCGACCUUGAAAAGUCGGUAGCUAACAUGUACAGUCAGAUCGAAAAAAACUUUCCACCAACACACAACUCAAGACUUGGAAGUAGUUGUCCUCCAGAGACAGAAAGUGUGGAAGUCACUGAACACGACCAGGGGAGUUUGCACAGUAUUGUCGAGGGCCCUGAGAACCCACCUCACAGUCAGUCUGCCUCACUGUAA